AGCAGCUGUCAAAACUGAUCCCAAAUCAGCCAAUCGAGACCACGUUGCUCAGGAAGCGAAGCCUCGCGGUACUUCCGUUUCCGAGCAGCCGUUGCUCCUCCUUUCUGCCUGAACCGACAUGCCCAAGGGAAAGAAGGCAAAGGGGAAGAAGGUGGCACCCGCCCCUGUGGUGGCCAAGAAACAGGAGGUUAAGAAAGUGGUCAACCCCCUGUUUGAGAAGAGGCCAAAGAACUUUGGCAUCGGCCAGGAUAUUCAGCCCAAGCGUGACUUGACACGCUUUGUGAAAUGGCCUCGCUACAUCCGCCUGCAGAGGCAGCGUGCCAUCCUCUACAAACGCUUGAAGGUACCCCCCGCGAUCAACCAGUUCACCCAGGCCCUGGACAGACAAACGGCCACACAGCUGUUCAAGCUGGCCCACAAGUACAGGCCCGAGACCAAGCAAGAGAAGAAGAAGAGGCUGUUGGCCCGCGCUGAGCAAAAGGCGGCCGGCAAAGGCGAUACCCCCACAAAGAGGCCCCCCGUCCUCCGUGCAGGUGUCAACACUGUCACAUCUCUGGUGGAAAGCAAGAAGGCCCAGCUGGUGGUUAUCGCCCACGAUGUGGACCCCAUCGAGUUGGUGGUCUUCCUGCCUGCCCUGUGCCGCAAGAUGGGCGUCCCAUACUGCAUUGUGAAGGGCAAAGCUCGCCUGGGCAAGCUGGUGCACAGGAAGACGUGCACCUCGGUGGCUUUCACGCAGACAAACCCUGAGGACAAAGGUGCCCUUGCCAAGCUAGUGGAAGCCAUCAAGACAAACUAUAAUGACAGAUACGAGGAGAUCCGUCGUCACUGGGGAGGCAACAUCAUGGGCCCCAAGUCCACCGCUCGCAUCGCCAAGCUGGAGAAGGCAAAGGCCAAGGAGUUGGCAACCAAGCUUGGUUAAAUUCUUUGGAAUAAAAAAAUAAAUA